AAAAAAAAUUCAAGUUGCAACUAAAAUAAAGGAGCGUAAUAAUAAGACUAAUUGUCACUUUCACUCUGUCGUUAAAGGCAUCGAAAUUUGCUGAGAUUUUACAGAAGUUUCCCUUGAGCUACUAUUUCUAGAUAUUUCUUGACCCAGUCAGACAAUUUCCACUAAUGUGCUCUGUAUCUAAUGUUCUGUCGCAAAGAGUCAACAGGGUUCCAAGAAAUGUGUUGAGGACUUGAGAGAAAUCAAAAGAGAAGACACCAGGAACUUGUUCUCCUCUAAUGCUGCAACCCGCCUGGAGCACCAAGAAGUACAAGGCGUUCGGCGCUCAGAGACAAGGUUAAGGAAAUGGUCGCAUCCAGAGGAUGCGCCGACUCCAGAGGCGUGGAUUCCCAGCUCCAGUGUCUCCUUAAGGCUACAUCUGCUCGUUGCCUUUAACUCCGCGGUGCAGGGAAAUGUAGCACUGGCUCUCUGUUUUGUCGGCGCAUUAAAAAAAAUGAGCCGUCUAGAUGUUUCUAAUAAUAGCCGCUCUUAUUUUUACCCCACCGCCGCCUUAUUGCAUUAUGGAUGCCUCUGGAACGGUGUCCCUUCGAGGUAGCGUGGGAAUAUCUCAGUAGAGAGGCUGCUCCAGCAUCCAUUCCUGUGUAGCUGUGGGAGCAUCUCGUCUUCCGGAGGCUGGCUGCAGGCUCCUGUGCGAGGGGAUGCGUUUCUUCUUUCUCCUCUGCACGCCGGGUUUGACUCCAGAGGAGCGGUAGGCGAUGCGGGAGUACAAGGUGGUGGUGCUGGGCAGCGGCGGGGUGGGCAAGUCCGCGCUGACGGUCCAGUUCGUCACCGGGACGUUCAUAGAGAAGUACGACCCGACCAUUGAAGAUUUCUACAGGAAGGAGAUCGAGGUGGACUCUUCUCCGUCGGUGCUGGAGAUCCUGGACACGGCGGGGACCGAGCAGUUCGCCUCCAUGAGGGACCUUUACAUCAGAAACGGCCAGGGCUUCAUCCUGGUCUACAGUCUGGUGAACCAGCAAAGUUUUCAGGACAUCAAGCCCAUGAGGGACCAGAUCAUCAGGGUCAAGAGGUACCAGCAGGUGCCGGUGGUGCUGGUGGGUAACAAGGUGGACCUGGAGGACGAGAGGGAAGUGUCCCCCAGCGAGGGCCAGGCGCUGGCCGAGGACUGGGGCUGCCCCUUCAUGGAGACGUCGGCCAAAAGCAAAACGAUGGUGGACGAGCUGUUCGCCGAGAUCGUCAGGCAGAUGGACUUCUGCCCUCUGCCCGACCGGAGGGAGACCUGCUGCCCUGCCUGUAGCAUUCAGUAGCAGCCUGAAGGAGGGGCGGUGGAUGGGGAGGGCAAGAGUAGUCAUUAGCGUGCAAAUGUAUUCAUGUUAGAUGGUUUAAAUGGAGAGCUGGAGGAAAUAUCCGAUAUUUCUAUGAGUGUCAGCCUUUGCUCUUGAAAGGCAUUGUGGGACAAUGUUGGAAAAUGCUCUCUGAAGCAGUUUGGGGUGAGUUCGAUUCAAGCAUUCAUUGCCUCUUAGACGAAAACUGGAUUUUCACUUGAACAACAAAGCAACACUCAACCUCCAGCAUCUCCAUCAGCGUCUGGUUGAUUCAUUUGGAGUGAAAUUCUGGGGUUUCCCUGAAGCACCGCGGUGCCAAAGCCAUCAACAAAGAGGAUUGUAGUGCUAAAUGCUAUUUGGGAAAGCAGCCAUAGGUUAAAGCAGUUAUGGCAGUGUGCUCAGUAGUUUCUACUGACCUCUCUUCCUCCUUUUGCGUUAGUCUUUUUUGCACUUUCAGGACAUAUCAGACAGUGCAAGACCUUUCACCAAUUUAAAAGAUAAGUAACACCACUGUGACGAGUUCAUUUCACAGCAGGACCCGCCUAACCUAACCAAGAAUGAAUGAAAAGAUGCAAGAAUGUCUUUAAAAAGAGAACCGCACCUUUGGGGGAAGCUCAUGCAGAAGAUCCUAAAUGCUGACCUACUGUGGAUGACGUGUGCAUGAAGCUGUGCUGUCACACUGACACUGAGUACAAUCAGUCUCGUCCAAAGAGGCAGUAUCAGUCAGUCAAACGUGUAGUUGAAACGUUCGGGUACUUGUCUUUUCACACUACGGAUGAUGCAGAUGUUAUGAUACGUAUAUAAGGGAAGCAGAAGUGUCAGUGUGUAGCUUGUCUGUCUAGGUCACAUCAGAUAUGUUAGUGGUUUGAUGUCAGAAACACUUAUUUUCAACAAAAAUAAAACUUUAUGCACAA